UAUAAAAUACAUUUCAGAUUCGUUUCAAAUAUGACUUGGCAAGGCUCGUGACUUUUGACUAAUAACAAAGAUUAUUUUUUUACUGUGCUACAUGGAAAUGGAGGAGCAAGCUGUAGUAUUAGAGAAAGAGUCAUGGUCUAUACACAUGAAUUCGACGAUGAACUGUGCAAAUUGAGAGUUAACGCUGCAAAAAACAGUGUUUUCUUAACCGAAAUUACUUACCUGAAGUUAAUAAAUUAUGUACAAAAAGCCAAAAUGACUACUAAGAAGGAAACCAGGGACUAUUGGUUGCUGAAUCGCUACGAUGUGAUGAUUGUGGAAAGCAAAAGUAAACUCAUUUAUCCUGUUAAAGAAGGCGCCAAUACUAUAAAGUAUUACGUUACGGACAAUGAGUUAUUUCACGUACUUCAUGAAGCUCAUUUGUCUAUUGGACACGGAGGACGUGAUAGAAUAAUGAAAGAACUUUCAACCAAAUACAAUAACAUUACACGUCAUGAUAUUGAACUGUAUAUCCACCUUUGUGAACCUUCCCAAAAAAAACAGAAAGGUAUUAAAAAGGGCAUUGUUGUGAAACCUAUGGUUUUUUCUGAUUUUAAUUCCCAUUGUCAGGUAGAUCUCAUUGACUUUCUGUCUCAACCAGAUAAAGAAUACAAAUUUAUUAUGGUGUACCAAGAUCAUCUCACAAAAUUUGUGAUUCUCAGAACUCUAACAUCAAAAAGAGCUGAAGAAGCAGCCAACAACCUAGUGGACAUAUUCACGUUGCUUGGAGCGCCAUCUAUAUUACAGUCUGACAAUGGUAGGGAAUUUGUCAAUAAUGUGGUGACGAGCUUGAAGGAGUUUUGGCCAGCACUGAAGCCUCGCCAUUCACAAAGCCAGGGUAGUGUCGAAAGAGCUAAUCAAGAUAUCGAAAAUAUUCUUUGUGCAUGGAUGCAAGAUAAUAAGUCUGACCGCUGGAGUGAAGGACUGCGUUUCGUGCAAUUUACGAAAAAUAGAGCUUAUCAUUCUGGGAUCAAAAGAACACCAUACGAAGCUCUUUCUGGCUGCAAACCUAAAUUAGGGCUUACAACGUUUUCUCUACCCGAGGAUGUUUUAAAAGACGUAAAUACAGAGGAGCAGCUAGGAAAAGUAAUAGAAAGCGUCCAAAUAAUGGACAAAGACGAAACUAAUCAGAUUAUGCAAGAAAAAAAGCCUGUUUCAAAAAACACGCAUAAGAUUAUAGGCGAUAAUGAACUAAACCAACAUGAUGAAGGCAUGCUUACCGAAGAGACUUUCAUUUCUGAUACCUGUUGUGUGUGUUUAAGGGAAACGGGUGAUGCACUUGCAUGCAAAAUGUGUCUUCAAAAAAUUCAUACCUUCUGUGGCCAUACUACUAAGGGAUUUCAAGUAUCCUCAUCGGGUAAAGUUAUCUCUUAA